UUUUUUUUAUGAAAAUGAACAAGGGCACGUUGUUGAUGAGAAGCUGUUCGCUAUUGAAACAAUAAGUUCUCGUACUCAGUUCCUAAUGUAUAAACCUUCGGAAAAGACCUAACCCUGUAAUUCAUCCAGUAAUGGAUAAGAGGAGUAGUGAAGAUAUUGAUAUGGAGCUAUGCAAUAAACGACGCUAUUUUUUUGCAUUUAUUUUUCAACAAAUGCUUGAAAGCUUCUGCUGCUGCUGCAAGGCAAUUAGAUAUUCAUAUCCGAGCAGUACAGAGAUGGGUCAAACGUUAUUACGAGGACCCAAUAGACAGAUAUUAUAG